UUAGUGUUUGUUAGGAUUUCGAUUGAAUUACACCUUAUAUAGACUUGUAGGAAGAAACAAAACCUAAGCAAAGCCAAAAAGACAAAAACAACACACGAAUUCCAAAUCAAAUUCCAAUAAUUAUAAUUAUCAUUAGUUGUUUGUUUUGGUUUUUUUUGUUGGUACACAUUUUCAACCAACGCGUUGCAGAUACAUAAAUACAAAUGAGUUUUUCCCAUAUUCGGCAUCUCUGCCCUUUAUAGGUGUGAUUUGCAAUAGCUGGCAGGAUGAGCAGAACAAGCAUCUUGGGUCCUCCCAUGUCCUAUGUGGAUGGGCCCAGGCGCAUAUUUGGCACUCUAGUCGAUAUAGCCAUCCUGGCCACGGAGCUGGCGGCGAACGGUGGUGGUCAGUUGAUUCGAAAUCUCAUGGAUCGCACGAAGCUGUCGCCAGCCAAAAUAUAUGGAUUAUCGAAUACGGCGGAUGAAAUGUUGGGAAUGGAGCUGUUGGCUAAGAAAACGGAGCAGUACGAGGUGGAGAAGCUGACAAGUAUUUUGCCACAUCCGCGUCUAGUUAGUGCGGUGUGUGGUUUUGCCAAGGAUGCCAAUCUCUAUCCGUCUUACAGCCGUGGUAAGUACGGCGAAGAUGCCUGGUUCAAGGCCUCCACCGCCGCAGCAGAUGCCUUGGGUGUGGCUGAUGGAGUGGGUGGAUGGCGUAUGUAUGGCAUCGAUCCUGGUCAAUUCAGCACGUUCCUCAUGCGCUCCUGCGAACGGCUCGUCUUGGCGCCCAAUUUCGAUGCCCAGCGACCCGAUCUGCUUAUAGCCAGAGCCUAUUGCGACCUGAUGGAGCAGAAGCAUCCGGUUCUUGGCAGCAGCACCGCCUGCAUUCUCACCCUACGCCGCGAGGACAGUAUGCUGUAUGCGGCCAAUAUUGGGGACAGCGGUUUCAUGGUGGUCCGCAACGGUGCGAUUGUCUGCCGAUCUGCUGAGCAGCAACAUUUCUUCAAUACGCCCUUUCAGUUAUCCGGACCGCCACCCGGCCAAGGCAUGUAUGUCCUAACCGAUGGGCCAGAGUGUGCCGAUACCAUACAAUUCGCCUGUAUGGUCGGCGAUGUCCUUCUACUGGCCACCGACGGCGUCUACGACAAUGUGCCCGACGAUCUCUUGAUUCGGGUGCUCAAUGAAGUGUCUGGAGUCUCGGAUGCCGUUCAAUUGCAAAUGUCGGCCAAUUGCAUUGCUUUGAUGGCUCGCACACUGAGCUUUAAUCCUGACUAUGACUCACCGUUCAGUCAAAAUGCUCGUAAACAGAAUAUCGAGUCUCCCGGUGGCAAGCCCGAUGACAUUACAGUUAUUCUGGCCAGCGUGAUCUAGAAAGAGAAUCGAUCUCCACAGUAAUUACUGGCAAAUGUCUUAGAGUUUCUUUCAACUGUUGGGCAAUUGUCAGUAAGUCCUGUCCUUUCGAAAUCCAUCCAACUGGCUAUGUCUCCCUCAAUCGAUCUAUCUAUCCACAUUUUAACUCACAAGAUGUUAACUUGUCAGUGUCGAUGCCAAGGUUAAUGUCAAGUAGCUAAAAUUUCUUACGUGUGUUAAGUGUUUCAGAUAUAUGUAUGUAUGUUUUACAGAACAAAAAUUAUCCUUUGGUAAUC